UGUGUGUGUGUGUGAGAGAGAGAGAGAGAGAGAGAGAGAGAUUUCCGUCAAACAUAUCAUCUAUAUCAUCACCCUUCUUCACACCCUCCUGCCUCCCAAAUCCAACUACAGCCCCAACACAAUCUCUCCUUUCAGAUCCACCUCUUCCUCCAUCUGUGUCAUCACUGCAGCUGUCACACGAAAUAAGAGAUUUUUCUUCCUCUCUCUUCAGGCACAUCCGUCAGAUGGAAAACUGCCACCAUGGACACCAGGAGAAGGAAGUCCAGUCUCCCAAUCCCACCUCCCCCAACUCCACCUCCAGCAGCAGUAGCAGCAGCAGCAGCAGCAACGGGGUGGCCGCAGCGGCAGCCCCUUCGUCCGCGGCCAUCGCUCCCGCGUCCAUGCCCAGAUCCAUCGACACCAAUCCUUACCCCACCACCUUCAUCCAGGCCGACGCUGGUUCCUUCAAGCAGGUAGUCCAGAUGCUGACGGGCUCCGCCGAGACGGUCGCCAAGCACGCGACCGGCGCCGCGGCGCCGACGACCAAGAACGCGAUCCCACCCUCCGCGAGGGCCACCGGCCCCAAGAAGCCGGCCUUCAAGCUCUACGAGCGCCGCGGCAGCCUCAAGAACCUGAAGAUGAUAAGUCCGCUGAUCCCCGCCUUCGUCGGUUCCAACCCCAACUCCCCGAUGGGCACGGCGGCCUUCUCCCCGCGGAGGCAGCCGGAGAUCCUCUCCCCCAGCAUGCUGGACCUGCCGUCGUUGACCCUUAGCCCGGUCACGCCGUUGAUCCCAGAUCCCUUCAACCGGUCGCCGCAGCCAAAUUCGGCGGCGGUGGCGGCCACCGCGCCGAUGUCGGCCGAGGACCGGGCGAUCGCCGAGAGGGGGUUCUACCUGCAUCCUUCCCCGAGGAGCACGCCAAGGGACGCGGAGCCGCCAAGGCUGCUGCCGCUCUUCCCGGUGACAUCCCCAAGAGUGCCAUCUGCUUCUGCGGCCGGCUCUUCUUCCUGAGAGGCAUAACCGGUGGUACGACCAUGGUUCAACUGUACAAUUCGAGCUCUUCUUUCCGAUGGCUUUCUGCCUUCUAAUCCUUCCUAGCUAGUAUGCAUCUCUGCAACUCCCCCCAUGUUUUUCCUCCAUGUAUUGUCUUUUUCAUCACGAUCUUUCUCUUGUUCUCUCUCCAUUUCUCGGCCAUCUGAUGCUGCUAAUCGUGGACCGAGUGAAAAUUUGCUCUCCUCAUGCAUGCUGAGUGGUUGAUUUGUAUCAGAUUUUAUGUUAGCAGAUCAGUGUUUGUGCACAAGCCACAUCAAAUUCAUUCUGUGAUCAAGAGAAGAGAAAGAAAUGAAUGCUUGCUGCUUU